AUGGCGCCGACCUCCCCUGGAGUGAGCAGCAGUGACAGCCCGACACAGGGCUCAUCCAGAGGAGAAUCACUCUCCCAAAUAGCAACUGAUGUGGCCACAAUCACUGCCAACAUGCUGUCACGUGCAGACAAAACAAAAAUGCUGGCAGAAAUUAGAGCCGAGAUUAGAGAGGAAGUUAUGGAG